AAAGUGACCUUGACCGGUCAAUAUUUUCUCUUCUCGCUUAGCGAUAAGAAUAUUUUGAAACGAGUAUGUGCCUCUGGUUUUAGUUGUUGUAAUUACCUAUGUCGAAAUGCUUCGAAGAAAAAUCAAUUAGCGAGUAUUACCGACAAAUAAAACCGUCACAGCAGUUUUCAAUGAACUGCGAUCGGCUUUGUCUGAUAACAGAUCGUGUUUUGGUGUGUACGCAGCAUGAAUUCAUAACUUGAUCAUUGUUAACGCAUAGCACCGCGAGAGUGCGCAUUAUUCAGUGAAAAAAAAUGGUGGUUAUUUGGGUGUAGUCGGGCGAUUUUCUGCAACACAAAUGUGAGUACCGGCUGACUAAUGAAUUACGAGUGCUGUUUGUCAGUGCGUCGCGAAGCUAAUAUGACUGUGUCCAUAACGGAGGUAAUAAAACUGUCGAUAACUGAACGAAUAAUCCGCAUAUACGCACGAAACCGCGACACUAUGUAGGUAUUGUUGUUUCACGCAUCUCCGCAUGACAAGUACCUUGCGGUCUUCUCGAUGCAUUUUAUCAGUAAAAAAUCUGGGAUAGGCUCGUGACGUUCUUAAAGGAUGAAGAGAUUUGAAUCUAUUCGUACGGCUGGAAGUCUAUUGCCGUGGGACAAUGUGUAAAAUAUGUACUGACGCGAUAUUUUUGGGAUAGAUGUCACAUUAUCUUGGUGUCUGGCUAUAUGCGCGCGUACGAAUGUGUGCAUUUAUUUGAUUUACGGUUAUAUGUGUGUGGUACUUCCUCUUCACCCCGUAAUACGCAGUCGUUCCUGUGUACAGCAUGCAGUGCAACGAUGUGUCCGUGAGAUACGUAUAUCACGGUAUAUACGUAAGACCUGCUACUUGCUAUAUACUGUCAACAUUUUUCAAGUGACUGUUCCAUGAUGCUUGACAACAUACUGCGUUAUUGACGAAAAUCACUCGACUUGUUUGGUAUUAAAUAUUUAUUAAGAAGUUGAGAUAACAGAGUAUAUACAAUAAACAAAGAAGAAAAAAUUUGUAAUGAACAAAAGAAUCAUAAAUUCUGUACGCUAUAAAUACAUUCAGUAUGUUAUAGUUAGAGGAACGAUCUUAAUAAAAGACAUGAGCUAUUUCCCUAAAAAGUAAUAUGACGGUAAAAGUUUGCAUUAAAUUUCUAAGAAAGCCAAUUUGAAGGGAAAACUAUUUAGUAAACGAAUAAAUUUUAUAAAGUGAGCUCAUUCGUAAGUUGGUUAUGUGCAAUGCCGAGAUGCUGCAAUGAAAGCAAGGCAGUGAGUUCGGUGAGCACCAGUCAGAAACACAAUACAGAGGAUAUUUUGUUAACACAAACUCGUACUUUUACAAUUGGAAAUCAGUUGGAGUUAGACGACGAUCCACCCAUUGUUGAAAAAUCGCAUAGAAGAGUACGGUGCGACUUAAGUCCAGUGCCAACAAACACGAGUACUAAUUUGAAUAUAAAACUUUUGAGCAUUAAGGGAGAUAGAAACACUCGUCAAGAUCAUCAGGUGAGCACUGGAUCUGGUGGGUACAAAGAACGGGAGAAAGAAGCUAAAAAGAGAGCAGCUAUAGGCAAUACAGUGCGGGGACUUUUCUCAUCUGGCCACAGCAGGCAGGACAGGUAUGAGACAAAUAGGCAACGUUCUUCAGGCGGAAGUGCCCUGUCAAGUUUAUGUCCAAAGCUGGUGGCCAGUGGAGGUGGUAGUAGCCAGGGUGGGAUUAGUUUGGCAGUGGGACACUUAGCCUCUCAGGAAGGUGGAGGCUCAUGUUCUGUUGUUACUACUCAAAGAAUUCAUAACCACACACAUAAUCAUAAACGCCAAAGAAAAUUGUCUAUUGUUUCACAAGCUGGCACUAGUGCUCAUAAUAGUGGGGACCGAAAAGCAUCAAAUAUAAGUCGUUCCUCUACAACAAUUUGCAAAAAACAAAUACGAACGCAGAGGAGUGAUCAUAGCGGGGAUUCAUUAUCUAUAACAACGAAUGGAGUUGCGAGUAGCUCACCUUCUUCUAAAAAGAAAGUUUUGUCUGCACAGCGUAUUUCUGAAAAAUCGUCAUCUCGGAAUCUCAAUUCACCAUCUUUAGACAAUGAAAAUGAACGCAGCUUUAGCGAUGCAGAAGAAGCUAUUACAGCAACAGAAAAUGUGUUCAGUAUACCAGGAUCGAGUUCUACGCCUUCGACGCCAAUUAAUCGAGUGAAGUCGAAAAAAUCGGAUGAAGAUGAGAAAAGUGUGGAAUGCAGUAUCAGUGAAGAAGGUGCUAAGUCGUCACAGAAUGUAUCAGAUAGGAAAGUAUCAUUAGAUUCUAGCGAGCAAAAAGUUAUAGAAUGUUCUGAAUCUUCUAAAAUUUCAAAUAUAACAAGAAAAAUAUCGGCAAAUAGUAUCGAUGAAGAAACAUCUACGCAAAAUAAACAAAAAGUAUUCUCUACAUCUUCCAUAAGUACGAAAUAUAGCAGCAGCGAGAACAAAACCGCAAAAUCUAAAAAUAAGUAUGUUACAGAAAAAUUAAUCGAGCAGCAAAAUAGUAAAAAUUUAAAAGAGACAACUAUGGAAAAAAGUAUAGAUACGUCUGUAACGUGCACGACUUCAGCAGUUAAUAUUAAAAAUAAUGAUAAAACGAAACGGAAAAUGUCUAGUGAUUCUUCGAAAGCUACUGAUAUCGCGGAAAAGGAAGAUGUGACGAAAGAUUCUGAAGAAAACGUAAACGAGGAUAAAAAGGACAUGGAGCAACAUGAGGAAGUGGUGAAAAGUUCAAGGUUUGUGACGUCAAAAGUGUCAGAAGAGAUAGUGGAAACCGAGGGCAAAGAUAUGGAGACACAAAGAGGAGACGAAGAAGAAGAAGUGACGAUAUAUGACGAAGAUGACAAUGGCACCAGUAUCAGCGAUAUUGUUGCUGCACAAGCGCUUCAUGAAUCUCUGAGUAAAUUAGGAAAAGUACCACCUUUAGACACAGAAAUGGAGGAUGUUAAAGACACGGAUACGCAGGAUGAGACGAAAAUGGCGGAUCAUUCUCAGAAGGAAGCAGUCGCGCAGGAAGAAACAGUGGAGGGUUUUAUUGGUCCUCUACUUGAUGAAAAUUUUAAAGCGGACGAAAAAUUAACGCAAAAAACAAUGGCAAUGGAAGAAGUUCAAAGUCUAUUGCAGAAAGUUAAAAUUCAAAACGUCGAAGAUGACGAUGACGAAGAAAAAGCCAUAGGUAUAUCACCGGAUGGCAGAUUUUUAAAAUUUGAGGAAGAAAUCGGCAGAGGCAGCUUUAAGACUGUAUACAGAGGUUUGGAUACUCAAACUGGCGUAGCUGUUGCUUGGUGUGAAUUACAGGAGAAAAAAUUGAAUAAAACUGAAAGACUGAGGUUUCGAGAGGAAGCGGAAAUGUUGAAAGGAUUACAGCAUCCAAAUAUUGUUAGGUUUUAUGACUAUUGGGAAGUUACACUAACACGUAGGAAAUACAUUGUACUAGUCACUGAACUUAUGACUUCAGGAACAUUAAAAACGUACCUACGACGUUUUAAAAAAAUUAACCCGAAAGUAGUGAAGUCUUGGUGUCGGCAAAUUUUGAAAGGCCUUAGCUUUUUACAUUCUAGAUCACCGCCAAUUAUUCACCGUGAUCUGAAGUGCGACAAUAUUUUUAUUACUGGUACCACAGGGAGUGUAAAAAUUGGCGAUUUAGGUCUUGCAACUCUUAAAAAUCGAAGUUUUGCAAAGAGUGUCAUUGGUACGCCCGAAUUCAUGGCACCUGAGAUGUAUGAAGAACAUUACGAUGAAUCUGUUGACGUUUAUGCGUUUGGAAUGUGUAUGCUUGAAAUGGCUACUAGCGAAUAUCCAUAUUCUGAAUGCACUGGGCCAGCGCAAAUAUACAAACGAGUAGUAUCGGGUGUCAAACCACAGAGCUACGAUAAAGUAGAAAAUCCAGAAGUACGUGAAAUCAUAGAAAUGUGUAUUCGGUUAAAAAAAGAAGAACGGCCAUUGGUCAAAGAUCUUUUAAAUCAUGAAUUUUUCGCGGAUGACGUUGGAUUAAAAUUAGAAAUGGUUUCGCGAGAUUCGGCUGUAGCAGACACGGAACUAUCUCGCGUCGAGUUUAGACUCCGGGUACUAGAUCCCAAGAAACGUACCAACAAGCAUAAAGAGAACGAAGCGAUACAAUUUGACUUUGAUAUCCAAGCUGACAACGCGGAAGAGGUAGCCUCGGAAAUGGCUAAAUCUAGCCUCAUACUCGAAGAAGACGUUAAGGCUGUAGCAAAGAUGUUAAAAUCGCAAAUCACUACUUUAUUACGGGAAAGAGAAGAACGUAAAGCCAAAGAAGAAAAAGAACGUCUAGAUAGAGAAGCAGACACCACUAGCACGGCCAAUGAAAAUCUAUUGCAACAACAAUUAUUACUCCAACAAAUGCAAUUACAACAACAACUGCAGUCAAAUAUUGGCAUUCAAAUGCAAGGCCAAGUACAAAUGCAAUUACAACAGAACCAAAUACCUCUUCAGUCGCAACAACAAAUGCAACCUACUACACAACAAUCUCAGCAACAUAACUUGCAACAAUCUCAACAACAUAACUUGCAACAACCUCAACAACAUAACUUGCAACAACCUCAACAACAUAAUUUGCAACAACCCCAGCAACAUAAUUUGCAACAACCCCAACAACAUAAUUUGCAACAACCCCAACAACAUAAUUUGCAACAACCCCAGCAACAUAAUUUGCAACAACCCCAGCAACAUAAUUUGCAACAACCCCAGCAACAUAAUUUACAACCUCAACAAGUUCAAUUAGUUCAACAACAACCUUUGAUACAGCAACAAACAUCAGUCGUUCAACCACAGCAAGCUCAGCAAAUGCAACAAGUACCGCAAGUUUCGCAACAGCAAGUACAAUAUCAACAGCAGCAGUAUCAGCAACAAUUACAACAGCAGUACCAGCAACAACAGCAACAAUAUCCUCAGCAUGUUUCGCAAAAUUUAACGGCUACUUCUUCGCAGUGUUCUACUCCUCAGACUGUGCAAACUCAACCACAGUUUCCUCAAGUAACUCAACAAAUACAACAGCAGCAACAUAUGCACCAACAACAGCAAUAUAUACAGCUGAAUCAAAUGAACGUGCAGCAGCAGAUGAGUCACCAAAUACAGUCGCAGAUGCAACCUCAGAUACAAAUUUUAUCUCAACAACAACACGUACAUCAACAGAUUCAACAACCACAACAAGUGCAAUAUCCGCAACCACAAGUACACCAUGUACAACAAGUACACCAACACGCAGUGGGUUCCGCAUCCGUUCAAAAUCAACAAUUCUAUCAACAAAGUACCUCGGGAAAUUCAGGAUACAACCCACAGCCUAUAUACCAACAAAACAUAUCUCAACAAAUAUAUCAUUCGUACACCAGUUCCAAUCCUCCUGGACACGUUGAAAUGUUAUCAUCCAGUCAACCCACAACCCAAAUUUAUCCCCAUGCAAGUAUUCCCGGAAGUUCAGCACCUUCAGCUUCGCAACCUUACAUGCAGCAACAAUCAGGACAAGUUCAAACCUCCGUACCAUCCAACAUUAAUCUUCAAAGUUCAUCAUCCGCGACACUUAUACAAAGUGCAACGACUUCCACUAUUCCAAACAUGCAGAACGCAUCUACAAUUCUUUCAAACAGCGGACACCAAUCGCAAUCCCAACAAAACGUUCUAGUUCAAAUGCAAUAUCCACAAAAUUCCAACGUCCCCACUUCUGUCCCUAUGUCGUCUGGAAUGAGUGUUCCCGUGCAAUCAACGACAACAUCGCAGCAUCAGCAACAUUUCGUUUCAACUACAGAUCAGUGUUCUACUACAGAAAGAUCAUCUUUGCCUAAGCAAGAUACAAUGGAUUCCAUACAGUCUUUGCCACCAGAUGUACCCUCUAAUAUUCAAGAUCCAAUGAAUGCACCUAAUUCGACUAAUGCGAAUGUUACAUCUCAAUCUACAGCGUCGAGCGACGGAACAACUCAAGAAAAUUCUGAGAACGUCACCUCUGAAAGGUGUAGAAUAAGAAGAUCUGGUACAAAGCGCAAAAAACCUGGUAUUAAAUUGACAGUUUUGUCUGUAAGCAGUGGUGAAGGGCAAUCGGUGACUGUUGAAUGUCAGCUAGACACUAGCAAACAAAAAACUGUGACAUUUAAAUUCGAUAGAGACGACAUGGUACCUACAGAUAUCGCUAACAAUUUGGUUGCCGAAAAUUUAUUACCUCAAUCCCAAUGUGAAACAUUUGUAGAAUUGAUAGAAGAUAUCGUUAAACAAUUACGUUUGGAUCCUACACGGGCUUUACCUUUAGUGGCACAUGGUCCACCGGAUCAAUCAGCCGGUGGUAGUCCAGUUACUAGCCGUCGACCUAGAGAUCGUGACCACAGUCUUGAUACAGCUAAGCAGGUGAGACAUGGCUCGCUAACUCGUCAAAGCAGCCACCGAUCGUCGUACAAAGUCCAUCGUAGACACCGUUCGAGAGACGAAACUUCGAACACCUCUACCCCAACAAAAUUAUUGCCGAUCGAUCAAAUUAUUUCUCACAUUACGAGUGCCUCUACGGAAAAACAGCAAAAUGUCCAAACACCUGACAGCCAAGUGGGUCCUGAAAGUACAUCAGCUGAAGCAUCCAGACGGUCAUCUACCUCCACGCAAAAUACAGACACGUUAACGCCGACCAAUUUACCAAGCGAUCCAACUGAUACUCCAGAAACUGUAGUCCCUAUGAUAAAUGCGGACACAGGUUUCGAAGUAUAUCAGUUGCCCAAGGAUGAUAUUUCUAAGUCUUACCAGAGCUCGACAUCGUACGUUCAAAAUCAAAUACAUGACGCAGCUGGAAAUCAAUCGAGCGAAUUAUCAAAAGAAUCUGUAGUUCAAGAUACAACUGAACUUCAAGAAAAGGAAGCAAACAAAGAAGCGCAAUCCGACCCCACAUCUACGGAAGUGGCUGCACUGACUGCACCACCUCCGAUGCGAAAAAUUUCUCGCUUCUUAGUCAGUCCUGUAAUCGAACAGAAGGUUCUUGGAAAUGAAGAAGAAUCAGUUACAACUGCAGACAGUACAGAUAAACCUAAUGUUUUGGCAACGCAACCGAGUUUAUUAACACAGUCCAGUGUAGCUGACGAAGGACAAUUAAAGCACGACGAUUCGGAAGUAAAUAUUUUAGAAACGCAAGCUGCACCCAUUCCUGAAAAGUCGAACGUUGAAACGAUUAUACAGAAUGUACAAUAUGUCGGGGAACAAGUAGAUAAUGCUCAACCUUUGCAAACAGGACAACAAACGGUUGGUAUUCAAAGUACUGUGCAAGGACAAACGAUGCAGCCUAUGCCACAGAUUCAGCAAAAUAUUAAUGCUAUGCAAUCUAGUCCACAUAGUGUAAUUAUACCAGCAUCAACGAUAACGCAUCAAUCAUCUCAACAAAUACAACCCGCUCCUCAAAACAUCGUGGUUGCAUCGCAGAAAGAUUUGCAAGCUCAAGUUUCUUCGAACAGCGUCAAUUUACAGGGACAGUAUCAGAAUCAGCCUAUACAGUCUAAUGUUUUAUUGCAACAGCAACAAAUUACUGUGCAACAUAAUUUAACGCAAAUGCAUAUUCAACCUGAGCAUCAGCAUCAAGGACAAAUGCAAACUCAACGACCGUUGCAGCAAUUCCAGUCUCAACAAAUACCGCAGCAACAUCAACAAUAUGUAAUACUUUCCGGGCCGAUACAACAGUUGCAACCAACUGCGAUUGUAGACGAAAGAAACCGCAGGAUUUCUAAUAUUUCUACAACGUCGAAUUUAUCUACGGAUUCGCAAAUGUCAGAAACGGCUAAUCUUACAGAUGACAAAAAACAAUCAAUGGUUGCACCUAGUACAUCUAUGCAUUCUGUGCAGCAACAUGUUCAACUACUUCCGCAAGAGGGGUCAAAUAUUACACCUCUUUCACAGACUGUUUUAGAGCCAGUUCAACAACUUCAAGCAGCGCCUCAAAAUCUAACGAAUGUUCCGACGAACACAUCUGCUCCUGUUUCAGUUCCUGCUCACCAAGUCCCUGCAGAAGUUGCUCCAAAAGUUGCACUAAAAACGAAAGAAGUGUCAUCAACACUUCCAGACUUAGCACAAAAUUUGGCGAAUAUACUUUCAAAUCCUAAAUCAAAGUCUACAACGCCUCAUUGCUUGACUAGCCACGAACAAACGCCGAUUCCAAACGUUGCAACAGCUACAGUACUCGAAUAUAAGCCUACUCUUCAAUCUGAACAGUAUUUUCAACCUAUUCAACCCGAAGCAAGUCAAAUGCAAAUGCCAUCGCAAUUACAACAUAAUUAUCAAACAAAUAUAGCGCAGCAAGGAAUUUCACAAACGUUUCAAAUUACUCAGCAGUCUCAUCAAACACAAAUACCUUCGCAACAAACAAUGCAGUUGAAUGCAGCUCAACAAAUGGAUCCACAGUUGCAAAUGUCGCAACAAGCUUUUCAAGGAAUAGCGGUUCAAGCGUUAUCCUUGCAAGGGAAGUGGGUUCCUGCCACAAAUCAAACUAUUAUGCAACAGACUGUACCAAUAAGACUUACUCAACAAACUGUACCACCAUUGCUACAAACUGUCCCUACACAACAACAAAUUAUACAAGAUACACAACAUUUAGAAAGUUUUCCUACACCUGAUCAGUCUCAAUUACAUUUAAAACUCCCAGAUCAACAACUCUUGGGAAAAACAACGGAAGCUGAAAAUCAAGAUUUAACUAACUCUACUGGGCGCAUUAGUACAGAAUAUCAUCUACUAUCGGAAACCGAGAAUUCUAGCCACGACGUAACUCCUGAACACACGAUCGUUGAAUCUGUAGAUUCAGGAUUAUUUACGCAAAACCAGAUAUUACAGCAACAACAGCAGCAGCAACAUCGGAAACUUAGUCAACAAAAUUCUUUAGACAAAGUCUCAGAUGCAACUAUUGGGACAACUGGUCCAGGUGGGACAGGUCCACAGACGAUAGCGGAUCUCCACCAAAAACUUGUGCAGCUAACAAAUCAACCGUCCGAAGCACUUAAUGUGGGCACACCACCUAUAAGUUAUCCAGCCACCCCUCAUAAUCAUCAAAUAAUAGGAGGAUACGAUGCAUAUAUGCAUUCUUUGCAGCAGAAGCUUGUUAACAUUGGUAUGCCAAUCUCAACUACGCAUGGAAUUGGACCUUUAUCGCCUCAGACAACAAUACAUUCUUCAACUUCCUUAGCCGAUUCAAAUGUUACAACAAAUGUUGAAAAUUCCGUUUUAGGCCAUGAAACCUCCAUUCAUCAACUUGCACUGUCUCAAACCCAUGUAGAUUGCUCUCUCGAUAGUCCAACGCCGGGAGUAGGUCCUUCGGGAUCGGAAACCAUGAGUCCUAGUAAAGAGAGUAUAAAAGUUCGAACGCAGAGGCCUGGUUCUCGUCUCCAGGAACUAGAACAGGAAUUAGCAAAGAUUCAUCACAGAGGCUCGAUUCUCUCAACAGCUUCUCCACAACCUUUGACGCCGCCCGUCUCUGCUAUUACUUCUACUCAAAUGCAGCCAUCGUUGCAGUCUACUCAAAAUUUAUUAACCACUAUUCCACCCGUAACGACUGUACUUGUUGCCAGUGUUACCCACAGUGUCGUCACCUGCCGCUCCGACACGAACACCCCCGUGCUAACAGAAUCUCAGGAUAAUGCUUCUGAGGUUAGUACAACUCAACCUGUUAGAAAAAUAUCAAGAUUCGUGGUUUCCAAGGUCGCAGGUCCUCCAAGCAAUGCUGCCACAUCAACUCAACAACACCACACCGAGGAUUCAAAGACUUAUCACGCGGAGGACGCACAGGUUACAGGUACAUUGGUACAAGUAGUUCAUAGUCGCGAAGGUUCUAUUCCACCCACGCAACCUACUCAACCCAUUAAUGCUCCUUUAGAACCAAUGGAAAAAGAUGAAAGAUUUUGGACAUUGACGCCGAGCGAAGAAUAUCAGUUGCUCAUAAAAAAGCAAACAAUGGAAUUGGAGACAUUGCAGAGAAGACACAGGGAAGAAUUGGAACGUUUCCAACAACAUCAAUUACAAUUACUGAUUCAGCAGCAACAACAAGCAAGUGCACUUCAUCAGCAUCAUCAUCAACACCAUCCGGUACUUUAUCACACCGUCGCGACUAGUCUGGCGGGACAAACUAGACUUCCAGGUACAGAAGACUAUUUAAUGUUUAAUACAACGCCUCAAACUCCAUUGCAAAAAGCAUCAAGUAAUUAUCCAGACACCGAUGAAACGUUACGAUUAGCUAUGCAAAAAUUAAAGCAAACUCCUUUGCAACUACAACCGCAGCAGGCGACAGCUGGAAUACCACACGCUUACGUUAUUCCAAUUCCAGUAGUGCCUUCUGAAACUAUGCAAAAUAUGCCCUCGCAGCAAUCCAGUAGUUAUACAAGUGAAGUAGGAGAAUCGUUUGAUUCAACGCAUAAUUCGGCAAUUAUAAAUUCAGCUCAAUAUCAGUUCGCACCUAUUAUACCGGAUGGAACGAAUAUUGCGGUGUCCUCCACUGGAUCAUUAGUCACGCCUAUUCCAAUAUCGAGUUCGACGGGAAGCGGGGGUUACAUCCAAUAUCACGAGAACCAACCAGUACCAAACUUUCAAACUUUUAGCUGUACACCACACGGCGGUUUCUUUUUACCAGCUGGCUAUCGACUAAUAUACGCUCCACCAGGGGCGUCUCAGUCUCAACCAGCUACGCCAGCCACUCCGCACAUAGGAAAUUCUCACGACGGUACACCGCCAGCAGAACCGUUACAUACGAAUACUGAUAAUUCAACUGCUCCUCCUUCUCAUACCGAUCAAUAACGUAACUUUCAGCAAACUAUAUUCUACUAUUUUGAAUUUAUUCGUUCUCGUAAUACAUUCUUAACUUAACUUGUUGCCCUUAUCCACUAGGUAUGAGAUCAUACAUUAUCAUUACAAUUGUUAUCCUAAUAUAGUUUUGCUAAUACGUAUAUUGCUACCCUCGUUCUCGCGGGUGUGUAUGCAGGGAAGACGCGAAUGAAAGUAUUUAGGAUGUAUAUUCGAUAUUGUAACAUCCACGCGUUAAUCGCUAAAAUAUUUUCGCUGUAUAACCGCGCGAGCAUUAUAUUAACAUUUGAUAUGUGCCUCGCAGCAGACAAAAAAAAAUCAAUUCAUACGCGGAGAAUAUUUUGAACGAACGAAUUAAAUUUCUGAACGAGAAAAAGAUAAUGAAGAAUGAAUUUACAUUAGAGGCCUUUACAUGUACUGUGCUUAUAAUAGUUGAAUAUCCUUGUUUAGUAAAAAUGCUUAUCGAAAAACUUAUUCUGCUCUGAAUUCUUUAAUAGCACAGUCUACAUUAGUACAGGCCUCAGCUAGUCUUACGACCGAAAUGGCUCACAGCCAUUCUGCUCGAUGUAUAUGUAUAACUGUUAAUGUAUACUGGAUGCUUUGAAGAAAGAAUGUAUGUUCAUGUGUGUAUGUAUAUGACUGCAGGAGUCAGAUGGAGAAAAAUAUGAUUAAUAUAGUCACUGUUAUGCUUUAAUGUAUUUCUAGCGAUUUUACCUACUUCUAUUAAAAAAGUCAUGUGUUACUA